CACUAGGGGCAAAUUUGUUUUAAAGAAUCUGAGUAGAGAAAAAACAAAGGGCUGUGCGGGAAAUACAAGCGUCGCCCUCGGUACUUUACAAGCCGUUGACCCUGUCUGUCUGCAGCAGGGUUUGAAAUGAUGGAGAGUGGAUCACCCGAAUCCAGCAUCUGUACCUGUACAUGCAUGUACAUGUACUGUACAUGUACAUGUUCAGGCAGGAGCCCAUAUGAUGUGAUUGCGAGGGGAUAUGAAGCAGUGUUGUGUGCUACCGACCCCACACAGUCUGAUGUGAGGCCUCCUGCAAAGUACCGGUAUCUGUGCAUGUAUGCACACGCUCAAUAGGGCACCGUGCAUGCGUUUGCAUUGAUCAGAUGUCACUAGGCCUCAUCAAAAUCGCCGACAAGCUCGGUCUCCGUCUGCUGGCGCCCCGCAAAAAGAUCAACAUUCUGCUCAUUGGGAACCACUCUGCUGGCAAGAGUUCCUUCAUUAAUUGGUACAUCGAGGAGCAUGUGCAGAAGACAGGUGUUGCCAUCGAGACCCAGGGUUUCACUUUUGUCACAAGUGGACGCAAGCGGGAGUCGCUCACGGGCAAUGCAACUCUUCACUUGUACCCCCACUUCAAGGAGCUGGCAAAGUUGGAAGGCGUGGUGGAAUACCUGACGACGGAGAUCAGCACGUCCAAGCAGAAACGCUUCAGCCUGGUCACUUUUGUGGACACACCCGGCCUGGUGGAUGGCGACAUGAAGUAUCCCUUUGACGUGGACAAGGCCAUCAUCUGGCUGGGCAACCUGGCGGACCUGAUCUUCGUCUUCUUCGAUCCCAUCGGCCAAGCGCUGUGCAAGCGGACACUCAACCUGGUGGAGAAGCUGAACGAGACGCAUGCCGACCGUAUGAAGUUCUACCUAAGCAAGGCGGAUGAGGCAGGCCACGAGAGCGACCGGCAGCGCGUGCUGAUGCAGAUCGUGCAGGAGCUGUGCAAGCGGCCUGGCCUGAACCGCACGGGCUUCGACAUGCCCACCAUCUACGUCCCGACGCAGAGCUCCAACAAGAGUCGCUGUGUAAACCAGAUUGAGACAGUGUGCGUCCACAUUGAGAAGGCCAUCAAUCAGACAAUACAGAACACGUUGAACUCGCUAGAGAAAGAUUGCGAGAACAUAGCCAGCCUUAUUGACAAGAGACUGGACUCGGACAGAGCGGCCAAUUCUUACAACCUCCGUGCCCGUGGCAAGGGCUUCAUCUUCUUUCUACUGGGCCUCCUCCUGCCGGCUGUGCUGCUUGUCAACUUUCUGGCCAGCAACGUGUCCAACGAUGUCUUGGUGUCUACACUAGGGAAGAACGGGGCUGAAACAUUAAAACUUUACCUGCGUCCCAUAGGCUCCAUGUGGGAAUCGAUACCUAGGGAUUACCAUCUCUACGCUCUCAUUGGACUCGUCGUCUCAUCUCUCCUCCUCCUGGUCCUCGCUAAAAUGUCAACCAGGCUAAAGUCAACGCUGAGUCGGAAACAGAAACGAGUGCUGAGCGAACAGAAGGACUUUGUCCAGAACCACGUGAGGGUAACCAAGGAGAAACUUUACUCUGAGUAUUUGCAACAGAGUGUGGCUGCCCAUGACCUCAAUUGACCCUUGUGAUCACCUCUGACCUAGUUUGGAAUGAUGAAAGCCAACUGACAAUCUUGGGGAUUUAUGGAUAAUUUUUCAGGCGUUGAAAUCUUUUUCUCUAUUUUCGACAGAAAACUUUUCUACAAGAGAGUAUUUUAUUAGAUUAAUAGCAUGCAGGUGAUAGGAAUUUCCAUUAAUUUUAUUAAUUGAUUUUGUUGAAAUUUUUUGAGGUGUUUUGUUGUUCAAAUGAUUAAAUUUAGCUUUUUUUUUGGUUGGAAAAUUUCUGUUGAUUUUGCACUUUGGGUGUUCAGAAUUACGUUUGAAGUUCAAAUAUUUCUUGCCAAAUUCAGUCAAAUAUCCACAGAUUGUGUGCUUUUUGCGGAAGUGCUUCUUUAGUUGAAACAAUGAAAGUGUCCGCAAAUCGAACAUUUUGGUCCAAAAUUUGAUUAUUUUUUUCUUAAAGGGUUUUGUUAAUCUGUUUUUCCUUUCAGUAGUUUUUGUGUGGUGUUAAACUUUUGACAAAAAGCAAUCACUUUCUGGUUUUCAAAUGUGAAGAUAAAUAAUACAUCCACGAAUGCUUUUGAGAAAAUCUUCAGUACUUAAGAAAAUGAGAUCUCACUGAAUAUUUUAAUAGAUUCUUGAAAUGAAUUUUUUGCUCACAACUUUCUUACUGAAACAAGUGGUCAUGAUUGAUGGGGUUUUUUCAGCAUGUGUUAUUAUUAUUUUUUUUUUGGUGUUCAUUCUUUGUUGAGGUGGAUUUUAUCAAAUUUAAUCCAACAGGGAUGGAAUUAGUUGACCGUAGGGCAGUGAAGAUCACAAAGUCCACUGGAGCAGUUGGAAUGACCCAAGACUAGUGUAGGCAUUAAAACCAAAGCGCUUCAGAGCACACUGCAUUGCAGUGACCUGGUAGUUGUAGGUAGUUGUGUGUCCCAUGGAACUCUACAUGGUGUGCUGCUUCCUUGAAAAAAAAAUGGUGGCGUACAUUGCUGGUCACAAACCACGAGGCAGCAGUGAAAGCCCAGGUCUCGGUUGAAGUUUCCAUGGCAGAUUUCUCAUUUAAGCCCUGUUCAAGUGUGUUGAAGAUCUUGCUCACUUUCACAUGCUUUGGAGGCCCAAGUCUGUACCUUGCACUGAGAUGAGGUUGUUGUCUCUAUUGUUUCCUUAAAUGAGGACCGUCCGUAGUUUAUGGAGUCAAGUCUGUUUUAUCUUCCUACCCUUUUAUUUGGUUUGCCAUAAAUUGACAUUGUAAGACUUAGGCUUUUAAUGGUUAAUGGAUUCUUGGGGGGGUUCGGUAAUGUUUAAAUGUGUUUGAAUUUUGAUGGAAUAAAGUUUCUUGAUGGAAUAAUA